AAAGGAGCCCCCCCAAGCCCCCAAAAAGUUAAAGAAGGGGGAUGCCGCGAAGGAUGACCCCCCGGUGGUGAUUAUAGAUGACCCUCCGGAGAUGCCGACGGCGCAGGUGCCGAGGGGGGUCCGGGAGCCAUCUCUCGAGGUCCUCACGCUCUCCCUUCCGGCUGGCACGGCCGUGUUGAAUGGCACGGCUGACCCGAGGGCGCUCCUGAGAGGUAUAACCCUCGAUAUCGACAGGGCAGCUCUCGGGGCCGAUGAUGAUCAAGCCCUUGAAGACAGGAUCCUCCGGUCUUCCCUCACGACUUGCGUUGCCCUCGGGGAGCAGUUCCGACGGCUGGAGGAAUGGCGCCUCCACAAAGCUAGGCAAGACGCCAAGAUGAAGGAGCUGAUCCUUAGGGACUCCCAGGCCACGAAGCUGAUGGCCCAGCUUGAGGAGGACCUCCGGCUUGCG